ACACCAACAAUGCUGUCCCUCCGCCUCCCCCGCCUCACGCGCGCACUCUCCACCGCCGCGCCCCUCCGCACAUCGUUCAAGUCGGGCCCCCGCCCGCCCGCGCUCCCAGCAGCCGAGCAGGCCGAGUUCGACCGGCUCGUCAAGGCUGCCGAGGCGGGCCAGUCUGGCACGGUGUCUACCAGCGUCGAGGAGCUCGAGGCGGCCACGACGCACCCCGAUGCGCGCAAGGGCCCCAAGCCCGAGUUUGAGGGCGACACGAACCCCAAGACGGGCGAGAUUGGGGGGCCGAAGCAGGACCCGUUUAUUGCUGGUAAUGCCGACUGGCAGUUUGGCGGACGGGUGACGGACUUCUAGGCGCGCGACAAGACGUAUGAGGCUCGGGGAGCUCUGGGACGUUCGGCUCUGCUUUCGCCAGUCACCAACUAACCCCG